AAAACACCAAUCUUCGGUGUAUAAUAUUUGUGAAGGUGUUAUGAUGCGACUUGGUGUGCCGUGUGUUUUCACGUUUAACUCUCUCGAUCAGUUGUAUGAAAGAGGCUGUUGUGCACACACAUUCUAGUGUUUUCUAAGUAGUUUAUCGAAUCAGUUGGCAAUUUCAUUUUGGAGUGUUGAAUUUUCAUCGUGUUGAUCUCCCAGAGAGAGUGAGAAAAUUUAUAAAAACAAAAAAAACAUGUUUGGAAAGUUCAUUUAAUAAACGUAAAAAAUAGUGCAAUAGUAAAAUCAAAAUAAUCAUUUUAAAUCGAAAAGAACAAUGUCGUCAUCAUUAGUGCUGGGUAACUAUGAACAGCCACAGCCCACUCAAAUUCAAAAUAAAACAACAUCAUUGUCGCCCAUCACCUAUGAAUUCUACAGCGAGCAUGAACAGGAGUAUUAUGAAGGGACAACAACAUGUUUGCCAUCGGUCACACAUUCAACACCAAUCAAACCGGCGGCAACAAAUCAGAAAAAACUGAAACGAUGCACAUGCUGCCCAUUCGGUUUUCACAUUGAUUUGGACUUUAUUCGAUAUUGUGAAGAGUUGGCCGCCAAUGGAAAAUGCGUUUCAAGUAAACAAUUGGAUCGUCGCAACAAACGACGGCAACGUAAGUCAUUGGAAGUUAUGCUCGGUUUUGAAGAUCAAUGGGUUUUGGAUUUUGAAAAAGAACAACGACCAUCCAAACAACAUAAAUCCAAUUUUGAAACAUUUUAUGAGGUUUGCGAUGAAUUAGAGCAAAAAGUUUCGUCCCCGUAUGAAAAUGUUGACUCGGCCAGAAAACUAGGUGAAAAUGACAAAGCCAUUGGACGACAGCAAGACGAUUUUGUGAAUAGCAUACUAUUCGAUGUUUAUUCAGACUUUGAAAGAACACUGGAGCGUGCAUCGACCCGAAACAAAAGUGAAAAGUCAAAACAGAAAAGUUCUUGUAUAUCCGGACACGAAUCGUAUGACAAUGAAAAACAAGUUGAUUUGGAAAAUGUUCACUACUCACCGAGUUCAACGGAACGAUCGCCAGUACAGUAUACACAACGAGCUACCUCGCACAAUGUUCAUCAGCAAAAUAUUUUCACCGAGGAAAUUCACGAGGAGAUUGUUCAUCAUGUGACUGAAACGAAGCAAUCAGAACCUAAACAAGCGUUUAGCACGAACGAUGCUGAAUUGAGUCCAUUGAAUUCGGACGUAUUUAAUGUUGAAAUUGAUAAACUUUCAUUGGCCAAUCGCGGACUAAGCGACCAAUUGCAAAGUGUACGAAAUCAAUUGAGCGAUAAUUUGAAUCGUGUACGCGAUUUUGAAGAGCGUGUAAAAUUAAUUCCAAAACUGCAGCUUGAGUUGUCGGUUGAAAAGGCGGAAAAUCGUGAUUUACAUCUUAAACUUCGGGCAUUGGAAAAUGCACUGGAGAAAAAGAAACAAUAUGAACGACAAUUGGAAAGUGAAUUGGCUAAGGCCAAAGUGGAUUCAACUACCACCACCACCAUUACCGAAACAACGGUGUCUGAACGUGGCACGAUAAAACCGCCACAUCGGGUAUGCGCCACAUCAUUGGAAAGCCUUAACAUUCGAUUUUCACCAAAUAGUUUUAUUAGUUCAAAUGAAUCGUAUAAAAAUGGUGAUAGCAGUUUUAUGCAACCGCCACCGCCAUCCACCCAAAAUGUAGGCUGUAUGACAGCAAAAACCGUUUCAAGAGACGUUGGCACUGUAACAAUUCCGCUGCAAAUUCCCACACGAACAAUGGCAAUAAAUACAGAUAUAAGCGAACGAAAUCCAUUUGUUGAACUACAAAAGAAGCCAGUCAUGCAUAGUGUUAGUGUACAAAGUGACCAUGAAACAGUUGAAAUACCAAAAAGAACGGUGGCAACAAUAACAGAUCGUGAACCAUCACCGCCGCCACCAGUACAAAAAUAUUCAGUUGCCGUCAUGGCAAUUCCAAGCGUACGUACUAGCUCAUGUAUGGCCCGACCCGAAAUAAGAUCCAUUGGAGUCGAUAAUAUAUUUGAGAAAAAUCGAACACGCUCCUUCGGAACGGAUCCCAUUAAACAUCUCGAUGAAUCGACGGCGAUUGAUUCACCGAUAUCGCUUAAAUUACUCGAUGUGCCGAAAUCAAUUGCUUUGUUAGCGAGCGGAAAAGAGCCAGUAAAACCGGUUGAAAAACCGAAAGAAUUCCGUUCAGUGGGCAUUCAAAAAACUCCUAAUGUAAUGAACAAAUAUAGUCAAUGCAAAGAAAAAUUGAUUGAACCACCACCACCACCGAAAAUACCAACGCAAACUGAAGCAACCGAUACAAGCGAUUUAACAUUGCACAUUAAUCGAGGAGUUAACACGGAUGCCGUCCUACCGAAGAAAAAUCGCCUCACAAAUACCGAUCAAAUUUUAACGGAAGAAAAGUCAACAAACACUUUUGACACAAAAAAAACCAUCACCGCAAAUUCAGCGACAAACACGGAUUUGACGGAGUCCAAAAAAGAAAUAUUGAAAUAUGAAUUGGAACGGCCACAAGAGCCCAAAUGUUAUGAUUGUCUUGCAAAGAUUGAAAUCAAACAGAGAACGAUUAUAAAGAAUCCGAAUAAAAAAGAGAGCAACAUUAAUAUCAAAACAGCGGCAUCAACAUCGAUGGCGGAGGAAAUGACAACAACAUCAAAGACUGUUACAGAGUCAACAACGUCAACGACGACGAAGACAACAACCGAAUCUCAAAAUGAAUCACUGCAGAGCACAACCCAAUCGACAGACACACAGUCACGAAUUCCUCGACCUACCACACUAAAUAGUCCACGCAUGGACCGAAAGUUCACCAGACAAAAUACAUACACAAUUCCAUCAUCCUCCUCUUCAUCCACUUCACCCCCUCCUACUUUUCAAACGGAUGCAACUGAUCCGUGCCCAGCUGAAGUUUAUUUAUCUUCGUGCAGUGCAGCGUCAGCGAAAUCAAAACAAAUUCAUUCAAAUCUAAGCCAAACAUCGUCACAUCGAAUUUGCAGUGAGGAUAGAACCGUGAAAGCAACUUCUUCGGUUGAUUCAACGGUGCUCGCAUCCAAUUCAAGUGAUGCGUCGAAGAAAACACUACAACACGGUACAAAAGCAGAAAGCCACGAUAAAUCAAUUGCCGAUAAUGAUGAGCCUGAACCACUGUGGAGCAACUCAAUGAAAUCGUCAUCAACCUAUUCGCAUCUAGUCUCAUCGGCCAGACCAAGGCAGAAAAUAACACCAUCGAAAGAAAUGCAAGCUGCCUUAAAAGUAAUCAAUGAUUCAUUGUUGAAGGGUCAACACCUGGCAACAACAUUAAAAAAUGCCAACAAAAUUGUGCAAAAAGAAUGGUUUCGAAUAUCAAGCACGGAAACUGCACAACCCUUUGAAGUCGAAGAUUAUUUGGAUUGUUUUGAGGAAUUUUCACCAAAUUUAUUAAAAUACAUGGUUAACUUGACCGAUGCAAAUGGCAAUACGUGCAUGCAUUACGCCGUUUCGCAUGGAAAUUUUGAUGUGGUAUCGAUAUUAUUGGAUUCCAAAGUUUGUGACAUUAAUAAAACGAAUAAUGCGGGAUACACUUGCGUUAUGUUAGUUUCGUUGGCCAAAUUAGAUGCAGCCGAACAUCAAACGGUCGUUCAACGUCUAUUCCAAAUGUCCGAUGUAAAUGUACGCGCCAAAAAACAUAGUCAAACUGCAUUAAUGUUAGCCACAUCACAUGGAAAUUAUCAAAUUGUACGCAUGUUGCUAGAGGCCGGCGCCGAUAUCAAUAUUCAAGACGAAGAUGGCAGUACAGCUUUAAUGUGCGCGGCUGAACAUGGGCGCAUGGACAUUAUCAAGAUUAUUUUAGCCCAGCCGGAUUGCGACAGCACAAUUCAAGAUUUGGAUGGUAGUACGGCGCUGAAAAUUUCGUUGGAAGCCGGAUAUCGAGACAUUGGGGUGCUUUUGUAUGCUCAUGAAUAUAUGAUUAAAAACAAGUCGCCAUACACAUCAUUACGUAGUGGAGGCCGAAGUCGAAAGGCUUCAUCUUCGUUAACUUCGUCCACAAAUGUGCUGCAUAGUCACAGCAAUGCUGAAGGUGGAAACACAUCUGGAUCCAAAAUGGACAACAGCAGUCAUGAUAGUCAAACUAAGUAGAAAGUCAAAUGCAUUUAUUGCAUGGUAUAUUUUUCAAAGCAUGUCUCUAACGAACAAAAUAUAACGAAGCUAUUUUAGUUUCCCGUGGGAAAUUCUUGUCAAAAAGUAGGAACUGAUACAAAUUUCGCACAUAAAUAUACAGAGUAUCGACCUAAAUUAAUUCCAAGAGUCUUGAACUAUUUAUAUGUCUGUUCCGUGCACUAAAGUCAAUUUAUAGAGAACUUUUCGACCUAAUGAUUCAAUUUUUCUAACGAUUUUAUAUAUACUUUGUGCUAUAUAACUUGUGUUAUGACUGCAUCUAAGUCACACUGAUUGAACGAAAAUGAAAGAUUAAGAUUCAUUGAAUCGCGUGUUCAAAAAUCGACAUAUUGCCAAAACGUAAUAGUUUUAUUUUUCAAAUACACAAUCAAAGAACAUGUUGCAUUUUGUAUCGGUUUUAUUGUACAAUUGGUUUCAACCAAGUGCCAACAAAUCUAUGCAUAUGAGCUUGUAAAUAUCGUGGCAAAUGAUACAUUCGAUUUUUAAUACAACAAAUAUGCAUUAACACAUUUUUUGUGGUUUUGAUAAUGUCAAAAGAAAAUUUUUCUAUUCUUCGCAUUUAUUUCAGGACAAUUUCAGUUUUUGAAUGAGCCAUAUUUUGCCACCUGUAUUUUUAAUGUACAAUUGAGUUUAAAUAGACUCUGUAUAAUUGUGCAUCAACUUUUGCCUCUUACAGACAUAGCUUUUGCCAACUUCUGUUGUGAUGUUUAAAUCAUGCCAUAAAGGUCGGCUUCAAGAUUAUUCCAAGCUUAAGAUAUUGUGAAAUUGAGCUCAAGAGCUUAUAAGUCAUACUCCCGUGGCAACAUUCAGAGCUAUCCAUCCACACUGAACUUAUAACCUUGAGAAAGUAUGUCACAGCGUAAUUAGUUUCAAGACAAAGUUUGCAGAAGAUUUAAUAUCACUUUUAUAGUAUUAUGGUUUGAUGGCCCUAUACAGUUUUUCGUUGAAUUAUUUUUACACUAAAUACUAGAGCGUGAAAAUUAAAUAACAUUUUCCAUAUUUUAAUACGUAAGCAUAAAAGACAAAUUUGACAGUGGUGCCUCCGUUGGGAUUCAUCGAUCAUGCAUGCUAGCUAAAAGAACUCACCUAUAUACACACUAGUCUCAACAGUCACUUUGGCUCGCAUGUGUUGUCGAUGGUUUUCGAGGAGUUUGCCACCAAAAACAUUCAUAUAGAGGCAUUUCUUUUGGAAUUCAUUCAUUUUCAGUUUGAACGAAAAAAGAAACCAUCACUCUUUCAAGUGAGGUCAGGAGCAAAGACACAUUUAAAAGAUUUAUUUUCUUUGAUGAAUAACAAUAAAUAUUAAACGAGAUUUUUUUCUAAUAAUAUCACAACGUAGAAUUGUGUGAAUGUGAAAUCGUAGAAUUUUGAGUGUUUAUAUCAAUGUUUAAACGUUUGAAUGUUUACCGUACCGUUUACAUGAAAAUGUAUUGUCAAAAUUUUAGGCUAUUUUUUAAGCAAAUCACUAAAAUAAAAUCUGUUGAAAGACAUUUGUAACUAAUUAUUUUCAAUAAGUACGUAGAUUGUUCUAAUAAUAUUAUAUAUGUUUAAUGGUUCUAAACUGUAAACGUGUCAGAGAGAUGUUUAAAUAAUAGUGCGGUAAUAUUUUAAAACUAUUAUCUCGAAAAAUUCCAUUCUAUUGUUUCAAAUUUAUAUAUAAUAUGUAAUUGAAAUCAAGUCCAUGAGGAGUUUAUAGAAACUCUAUUCAAGUAAAUGUUAGUGCCUUCAAAAAUGUUCAACUUGAAUGCUAUUUACGAACCAAGAGAGUUUGUUAUUUCAUUCAACAUGAAUCAACGAUGAAAUUAAUGGAUUUUCGCAUUACAAAUUUUUGAAAGUAAACUUAUGAACAACUUUGAAAAUCCUUUUGUGAAAUGAUUGACAUUUCCAUACAAAAGAAAAACUCACUCACUAUGUCACACAAUUUUCACAGUUGUUCCGAAUUUUAUCACAAAUCAAUUGCUUGGUAACAUGUAAAUGAAUUUUUCAACAACAACAAAUAAAUGUGAAACAUAAAUCUAAAA